AAAAAUGUAUGUUUAAACUUUCUAGAGUUCGCUUCAAAGUAGUUUCUAUGGGUACAAGUAUUGCCCUUUUGAACUAACCAAUCAAUGAUCUUGUUAAGCCUCACUUUGAGUUCAGAAACGAGGCGUCCAGACGUAUCGUGUGGACGGGGGAAACGAUGCAGGUUCCACACUACUUUCAAACGUUUGAAAUGAUCCAGAAGAGAAAUUGAAACGAAGUUCCACACAUGCAUGUAAUCACGACUCAAGAGCAGAUCUAUCUAAAACAUGAAUUACGGAUGUGCUCGUAUCCGUGAAACAGACCCAGACGCCUCGACAGGAUAUAUAGAUGCAUGUAUAUAUAUGCCCCCUGAGGGCCCUUGAUUGGUGAAUAAAUAAAUAUUAUUAUAUUAUAUAUACAAGUUGACUAUCUAGUGUGAAGCACAGUUUUGAGAUUGAUUUCGGCAGGACAGUGAUAAACUCGCACCUACAUCAAAACCCACAACUGAUCAGUUUCCAAAUUAGUUGACACAAUGUCUAUUGAUCACAUGCCUACUUCAAAGGCUUUAGUCUACCCAUGCUGCAGCACAAGCAAUUUGCUCAUAUUCAUGAUAUAUAUGAUAAACCACCCCUUACAUCAGUAGAUUUAACCGUUGCCUCGGAAAAGGUUCGGACAAGAGUUUAUACCAAGAAACAAUGUGUAGUAUAAAAAGUUGCACAGGAAAUAAAGUAUUAGGAGUAAAAUCAAUGCUCCCAAGUUGCAAAAUUUGUACACAGCUGUGGAAAAAAAAUGUUUGGUAGUGACACCUGGUAUAGCCCGUUGUUUUGUAUUUUAUUGAUGCAUAUUGAUGUAAGUAAUGUAACCUGUAGCUGGUCAAGUAUUCACGCAGUUGACUCAGUCUGACGCAGCCAACGAUGAGGGAAAUUGUUCACGUUCAGGCAGGGCAGUGUGGGAACCAGAUAGGGGCCAAAUUCUGGGAGUUAAUUUCCGAGGAGCAUGGGAUUGAUAACACCAGUGCGUAUGUUGGGAACUCCCCUCAACAGCUGGAGAGAAUAGAUGUGUAUUAUAACGAGGCUGCCCACGGGAAGUAUGUCCCACGGGCUGUGCUGGUGGACCUGGAGCCGGGCACCAUGGACUCUGUCCGUAGCGGACCCAAUGGCGCCCUCUUCCGGCCAGAUAAUUUCGUGUUCGGUCAGAACGGGGCAGGAAAUAAUUGGGCCAAAGGUCAUUACACCGAAGGCGCGGAGCUGGUAGACGAAAUAAUGGACGUUAUCCGACAGGAAGCGGAAAACUGCGACUGUUUGCAGGGGUUUCAGUUGGCCCACUCUAUUGGUGGGGGUACAGGGUCAGGGCUGGGGACUCUUGUCACGGGAAAAGUUCGUGAGGAGUAUCCCGAUCGGAUCAUGACCUCAUUCUCUGUAGUCCCCUCACCUAAGGUUUCUGAGGUGAUUGUUGAACCUUAUAACGCCGUGCUCUCAGUUCAUCAGCUGCUUGAGAAUACAGAUGAAACCUUCUGUAUCGAUAACGAGGCUCUUUACGACAUUUGUUUCCGGAGCUUAAAACUUCCUAGUCCGAGCUAUGGCGAUCUCAACCACCUCGUAUCGCGUACCAUGUCCGGGGUCACGACCUGUCUACGGUUUCCCGGACAACUGAACGCUGAUCUGAGAAAGUUAGCUGUAAACAUGGUGCCGUUCCCGCGUCUUCACUUCUUCAUGCCUGGCUUCGCUCCUCUGACGUCACGAAAUGCCGAGCAAUUCAGAGCACUCACCGUUCCACAACUUAUUCAAGAAAUAUUUGAUGGCCGGAACAUGAUGACCGCGUGUGACCCCCGUCGUGGUCGCUUCCUGACCGUCGGGACAUUCUUCAGGGGGCAGAUGUCCAUGAAGGAAGUUGAGGAACAAAUGAUGAAUACCCAAAAUAAACUGUCCAACAACUUUGUGGAGUGGAUCCCAAACAACCUUAAAACUGCGGUAUGUGACGUUCCACCCCGGGACGUGAAAAUGUCUGCCACUUUUGUCGGCAACAGCACGGCCAUACAAGAACUGUUCAUCCGCAUAGGCGACCAAUUUACCGCCAUGUUCCGUCGCCGGGCUUUCUUACAUUGGUACACGGGCGAAGGCAUGGACGAAAUGGAAUUCACUGAAGCAGAAUCUAAUAUGAAAGACUUAAUUUCUGAGUACCAACAGUAUGAGAGCAUGGGCCUGGACGACGGCUUUGACGAGGAGGAAGAGCAGGAGGAAGCAGCGUGAACGCGUUAAUGGUGGAAACCAAGGCGACAAUGUCGACACUUUUACACAUUAAUUUUCCAUUAUACAUACAAUAUUUAUUUAUAAUUUUUGUAUUUUACUGUAGCCUUAAUAUUUGGACUCUACAAAUUAAAUACUAAAUACAGCAUAACUGUGAACAUAACUCUACAUUAAAGUGUCAUUUUCAUGUA